AUGCGACUCGAGGGCCGAGGCGGCGACGGCUCAGUCGAGUCAGUUGGAACAAAUCACGUGAUGACAAAAAUCGCAUUCCAUUUUCUUGAUCAACCCGACAACCGCCAUAAUGGAAAUCGUUUUUGUUUAGUUUUUUAUCAACAGUGCUUCCCAAAAAUGAAAGAAAACCGAAAGAGAACGGACCACGAUGUUGGCCAGUGUUAUAUGGCUACACUGUACGAAGGUGAUCUCGACCAGCGAUUUUAUCACCUUGCGGCUUGUACAUAUGUUUAA